ACACAUCUAAACAUCUCAUGACAGGGCGCAGAGAGUCCUACGCCAUGAUUACCCAGAAGGGACCAAAACCAUCUUGGUUCGUGGAGAAAAGGAGCGCUAAAGGUGCUGGACCAACUACUGUAGAGGCGUUUAUACCACCAGUCGCAAAAGGUUUCACCGUGAGGGCACAGUCGUACGCAUGGGAGGAUCCGGGUUUCCGGGAUGUCCCCUACAAUUCCAGAGAUCUCACCUACAUUGUCGUUGGCGGACAGAAGAGCAACAUUGAUGAAGGCCGGACGGAUCAUAGUUGUCGUUGUUCAUGACAGCGGCGACUUUACAGGAGGACUAUCCAGUGUAUUAGCACCAUACGGAUCUACAAUUACUUAUCUAGGGCGCAGAGAGUCCUACGCCAUGAUUACCCAGAAGGGACCAAAACCAUCUUGGUUCGUGGAGAAAAGGAGCGCUAAAGGUGCUGGGCCAACUACUGUAGAGGCGUUUAUACCACCAGCCGGGACACUUGAAGACCACGAAGUCGACAACGACAAAGACCGGGACGAGCUGUGAAUGCCUGCUGGCGAACCUCUUGAAUAAAAGUCUACUCGGCAUGGUUAGCUUACUCUUUCCUGGUAACUAUCGAGCCUGUACUUCUUGUACAGGGUUUUUUAAUAGGAUGCUAUAUUUUGCAACUCAUUCUCUGUGGUCUUUGUAAAAUCUAUGUUGAGUAGAUACUUGUUUCUUCCCAUCCUCCCUUAUAAAGUAUGGCAUCCUUAUGUUAUUAGAUAGGAAAGCUGACAGCAGAUGGAAACCUAGGACAAUUUGUAUGGAGAAACUAAUAAAGAAAACGUAGCAGCAUUAAGAAUAGAUUGAAAAACCAAUUCCAACAGUAUAUAGCACACAAGGAAAUGUCGUACAUUGGUCAAGUUUCAGAUCAUGCAAAGGACCAAACAUACAAAAGGCCAUUUGUAACUCAAUAUGUCAGUAAUAUCUUAACAUUAGAUGCCAACAUGAUAAUAUCGAUGCAGUUUGUUAGGUGGAAAACUGUUGUCAGCUGAACAAAAAACCCCAAAAUGCCGGUGAAAGGAGCUUUACGGUACCAUUGCUGCAUCCACAGUGUGACAGUCAGGGGAGACAAAACCUCCGGGUUCUGUGGAGAAUGUUUUGCGAGGAUUAUGCAGUAAUUGUGUUUGACAUGGUGGCCACCAUAUCUGCAUCUUACAACCUUCAGAGUCAAAGGCAUUUACUGAUAUGAGAAAGGAAAAGAUGAGAUGAGGCAGUGAGGCUGGCUGUGAAACAUUGUGGGAUAGUGGUGUAUUACGAAAUAAUAGUGCAAAUUACUAGCAAGCCUAUAUAGUAAUAAUUAUGUUGACAUUUAGCUUUGUCAUCUUCUGAAUUAACAAAUUCUACUCUGUUCGAAGGCUCUAAAUGUAGGUUUCUAGUGUAUAAUCUUAUUUCUGUACUAGAUAUAACUUUUCAUCUUCCAGUAGAUUUUUAUUAGACGUUGCUGAUACUGAGGUUAUAAGGUCAGCGUUGUUAGUUUAUAAGAUACCAGGAUGUUAGAAAUAUGAGGUGUAUUAGCAUUUUAUUAGCUUUUCUGUAGAGUGAGGAUCAGUUAUCUUACUUGUAAGAAACAAUUUAGAGUUUCUGAGGCAAAAAUAAUCUAGACUCGUUUAUAGAGGUGCUGCGGAAUUUUGUGUUAUUGUGUUAUUAUGUAGAGGUGCUGCGGAAUUUUGUGUUAUUAUGUAGAGGUGCUGCGGAAUUUUGUGUCAGUAAUAAUUGUGAGAUUAGCCCAGAUAUCCCCAUGAGAAGAUAGACAAGAGAUACCAUCAUGCACUAAAUCAGAGAAGUGAUGUCUUGCUGAACUCACAACUAGAACUGAUCGCUUAGUUACGUAUAUCCUUUAUGUGCAUUUGCUAUGAAACCUUUAAUAUAAGAUGUGCAGUUUUGGUACCACA